AUGGCUACGAAUAACCCACUCGGUGCGGAGCACGUGUUGGAGGCUGCAGCCAAAGCGCUUGGCAAUGAUCCGUCCAAGCUGCAAACUGCAUACGAAGCCGUGGCUCUGAUCGGCCAUGCUUCGCUGACCGACAGCAUAGAUUCAUCUCUGACCGAGUCAAAUGCGCUCCCCGCCGAAUGGAAUGCUGGCUCCACUUACGCCUUCCGAUAUGCCCAUCCCCAAUCUUCCAUGCAAUACCUUCUCAAAGUGAGCCGUCUGGGAAACAACGCAGUCGUCUUUGCCUUGGCGUUGGGUGAUGACCGCACCAGCUCUUUCGAUCUUCCUGUCAAAGACUACAUUUCCCCGUCCGCACUUCCUCUUUCGCAAUCGGGCAGUACAUCUGACGCUCUACGAGAUGUAUUCAUCUCUAGAGCUCGACUGAAUGACCUGGUCGGACUUUUCAAGAUCAAUGUGAUUCAAAGACUUGCGCCGGGGUUGUAUAAAGAGGGCUAUGAGGACCGGGGCCCAAGAGGCCAAGAGCAAGAGCCGCCCGAGGCAUCACGGCAACGAGAUCGACUUCGUGAUGAUUCCUUGCCUCAACCUGCUCGCCCUUACCCCUUUGAUGAUCCCCUUGCCGAGGCACCUCGUCGGCCCAAUCCUCCUGGUGACUUUGCUCCCCCGGGGUUUGAGGACGAGUAUGAGAUCAAUCGACCUCCACGGGGGUAUCCUCCCGGCUUCCCAGGAGGCCGCAGUCCCUUUAAUAUUGGAGAGCGGGACCUUUAUCCUGCGGGACUCGGUCCGAAUGAUCCACUUCGAGGAAGCAUCGGCCCGGGGUUUGGCGGAGGUGGUAUGCAUCCUACCUUUGAUGAUCCUCUGUUUGGGGGCAGAGGUGGUCCAGGUGGUGGGUAUGAUCCUCGGGCACCACCUGGGGCUCGGUACGAUCCUCCCGGACCAGGCUUUGGUCCACCAUCAGGCCGUGGCCGCGGACCUGGCGGAGGUGGCUUUGGAGGCUUCGGUGGAGGGUUUGGGGGUGAUAUCAUUUAG